AUGUGCGUAGAAUUCUUCGCUAAAUACCCGUGCGGCCACGUCCGGUCGACCUGGGAAUACUGCAACAAGGCGAAGGCGCGGGGCUACCUGCGGCGGGAGUCGUGGCGGGCGCCGACGCCGUGCAACCCGCCGGCGAAGCGCAAGCCGCUCGCGGCGGACCUGCAGGACACGUGCGGGGCGGGGUGCCUGGCGCGGGUGUGGGAGUGCCGGGCGUGCGGCGCGGCGCGGCAGUUCGGGUGGAGGUGCGGCGCGUGCGCGAACCUGCGGACGGCGGAGUGCCCGGCGUGGGACGCGUGCGCGUGCCGGAUGCACGACCCGCUGUGGUGCCACGAGAUCGUGCUCGGCACGGCGGGCAAGACGCUGUGCGCGCGGUGCCGGCGCGACUGCGCCCGCAAGGCGGCCGAGGUCGUGGCCGCGGCGACGGCGCCUCCGCCUUACGCAGCGGCGGCCUCUGCCGCGCCGGCGCCGGAGAAGGGCGCCUGCAGCAAGGGCAAGGGCAAGGGCAAGGGGAAAUGCAAAGACGUCGGCUGGAAGUGCCAGGUCUGCGACCGCAAGUGCCCCGGCUCGACGCCGGACGGCACGCGCUGCACCAAGUGCCGCGACAUGUACGCCAUCGACGAGGAGCAGUAG